GGAUCACAUGGGCAUUUUCAUGGUGUCCCGAUUCUCUCACAUCUUUUUCUCUCCCAAGUUCCAGUCUCUUAUUCUUACAAGACAAAAAGACAAAAAAGAAACCUCUGUUCAUCAGAAUCUGGAAUGAAGAAACCAUGUCUGAUGUAUCUGUGUGUUUUGCUAUGCAUCAAUGGAGGAACCGCCACACGACCCGAAGCUCUUGGAAGAAGCCCAGAUGGGUCCGAAGCUUGGGGCUACGUCGAAGUUAGACCAAAGGCACACAUGUUCUGGUGGUUAUACAGAAGCCCUUAUAGAGUUGAAGAUCCCUCGAAGCCGUGGCCUGUCAUCCUCUGGCUCCAAGGUGGACCUGGGGCUUCGGGGGUUGGGAUAGGGAAUUUUCAAGAGGUUGGUCCAUUGGACACUUAUCUUAAGCCAAGGAAUUCGACAUGGCUGAAGAAAGCCGAUCUCUUGUUCGUGGAUAGUCCAGUGGGAGCAGGAUACAGUUUCGUGGAGGAGAGCGGCUUGUACGUGAGAAGCGACGGAGAGGCGGCGGACGACUUAACGGCGUUGCUGAAAGAGGUCAUGGGCAGAGACGAAACCCUAAGAAGAAGCCCUCUCUUCAUAGUGGCCGAAUCUUACGGAGGCAAGAUUGCCGUUAAGCUCGGUCUAUCCUUAACCCAUUCUCUUAAUCCCCCCAUUCUUCAUCUCGGAGGAGUGGUAUUGGGAGAUAGUUGGAUUUCCCCCGAAGAUUUUGUGUUGUCAUGGGGACCUCUUCUCAACUAUGUGGCCAGGCUUGAUGACAAGGAUUUGGAGGAAUCAAACAGCUUAGCUCAAAAGAUCAAAAAGCAGCUAGAGGAUGGUUUAUACUUUGAAGCAACGGAGUCGUGGAUGGAAAUCCAAUCAAUGCUUAGCUCCAAGACCAAUUCAGUGGUAAGAUGGGGAGGCAGUUCGAAUGCUGUUUUUACCGUGAUGCAAGGUGAUUUCAUGAGACCUAGGAUCGAUGAGGUAAAUGAACUUCUUGCCAAAGGGGUGAAUGUGACCAUCUACAAUGGGCAACUUGAUGUGAUCUGUUCAACAAGAGGAGUGGAAGCAUGGCUUCACAAGCUCAAGUGGGAAGGGUUACAAGAAUUCAGGAGAAUGGACAGAGAACCGAUAUUUUGUGGAGAUGAUAAUAAAGCGACAAGAGGCUUCACCAAAUCGCAUAAAAAUCUCAGCUUCUACUGGAUUCUUGGAGCUGGCCAUUUUGUGCCAGUGGAUGAACCUUGUGUGGCAUUGAAAAUGGUGGAGGAGAUUACAAAGUCACCGAGCACCAUCUCAUGAACUUCAUGACGUUUAUGUGUCUGUAAUUGAUCUCUCACCCAUUGAUUUGAUUUGUUUUUUUUCAGACAAACGUACUGAGACGGAGUUUGUAAUAAUAAUAUUAUAAGAUUUUACCAAUGUCUUAUUUUUUAA